CGCGCACACCGGAAGCAGACGCGUGUGACGUACCAGCAGCUUGUGACUUGCGAAAUGGAGACAGGAGCAGUUCGUGGGGAACGAGCCGCUUCUCCUUGACUGUUUUUAGGCGUGAAUAAAAAGGAGAAGCGUCGACCGCGCUGGACGGCAACGCAUCGGCCGAUGUACGUCUCGUGAAAAACGAAGCUUUAAAACGCUCUUAAAGUCACGGAGGAGGAACGUCUGAGUGACUCGGUGGUUUUCUGCUGACCAUCUUCUCGGAGGAUGAGUCAUCCGCUCAUGACAACCAGAGAAGACACAGUUGGAGCCUCUUCAUUGAUUUCUCCUCUCUUUGCAGUGCAGCGCUCGGUAGGAUGAUCAGCAACCAAGAAAAAGAUGAGUUUGUGGCAGUGCGGGUUCAAGAUCCCCGCAUGCAGAAUGAAGGCUCGUGGAAUUCAUAUGUGGAUUAUAAAAUAUUCCUCCAUACCAACAGUAAAGCCUUCACAGCCAAGACGUCCUGUGUGCGUCGGCGCUACAGCGAGUUCUCCUGGCUCAAGAAGAAGCUGCAGAAGAACACUGGUUUGGUGCCCGUCCCAGAACUUCCGGGAAAGUCCUUCUUCUUCUUCAGCAGCGAGGACUUCCUGGAGAAGAGGAGGAAAGGACUUCAGGCCUUCUUGGACAACGUGGUGAACAUGACGGUGUGCCUGUCGGACAGCCAGCUGCACCUCUUCCUGCAGACGCAGCUGCCGGUCGGCCACAUCCAGGACUGCGUGAACGGUCACACGCCGUACUCCGUGACGGACGCCAUCCUCACCUACGCCUCGUCCAACCGGGGCUACGCUCAGGCCCAGGAGGAGGACGCCGUCAAGGCGCCGAGUUUGACCGUUUCUUACGAGUCCAUGGAGAGCCCAGCUCCUCAUCAACCCAAAGACCUCUUCAGCUCCGAGCUUCUGUUCUGCGGUGACCCAGACCCUCCAGGAGGUUCACCGGAGAUCUGCGAAGGAGACGCAGUCGAGCUUCAGAGCGAGGAGAGCUCCUCGGUGCGGAUCGUCCAGAAGGACGACCGCCUCCAGGCGGAGGCCAUCUUCUUUCUGGGUGGCAGCCUGGACGACCUCGAGGGUCUCGGCCUCGCGGAACCGACGCAGCAGAGCAGCUGCUGUCGGACCCGGAUCCAGACACCGGCGGAGGUGCACUCGCCCGUCGGGGCCGGCCUGCUGGAGGAGGAGUGUUGGGUAAGAGAGGAGGGCGCAGACGAGACGGGUCCUCAUCCAGACUCAGAGGAGGAGGAGGAUCAACGGGAAAGUUCUGGACAGGCGAAGCCGGAAAAUGUCGACUCGGAGCCCGAAGAAUUUGCGAACUCCGCGGCAAUGUCAUAUUUUAUGGACCGCGACUUUGAGGAACGGGGAACCGAGAGCGACACCAGAUCUCAGGAGGAAGUCCUGGACGUGGUCUGCGGCGAGCCGCCGGUUUUAGAAGAGUUCAAGAGCCCGGACGGACGAAGCGACGAAUCCCAGAGCAAAGCGGAGACGGCGCUACCGGCGGAAAUCCACCAAGAGACUCUCGAUGUGCUCGGCGUCCCCGGUGACCUCGUUCAACAAGCGGACCGGGCGGAUCUGGACGCCGCCGAGGACGGACACUCGUCUUCCAACGAGAGCAUCGCCAAGGUCAGCGACGACGAAAGCGUCAGCGGCGACGCCGAGGACUCGAUUCCGGAGGCCAGCGGCUGGUCACCAUUAGAGGCCUCCAGCAGGACCAUCUUGGACCUGUACACCAAUGGACACUCUGUGGGAAAAGGGGACGUGUCGGCACCGGAGGACGAAGACGAGGAGCCGCGAAACGCGACCGGUAAAUCUCUGGACGCUCUGGAAGAUUUAACCGAGAACAGUGACUUCAGCAUCCUGGAGAGCAGCUGCACGGCUGCAGGUGAAGGUCCGGAGGAGGUGGAGGAAGAGGAGGAGGAGGAGGAGCGUUAGUUCUGUCGCUCACGUUGUGGGUCUAACUUCAUUUUGUUUUUAAAAAGAUUUUAAGCUAUGCAUCUCCACUAACACUCAGGUAAGCUCUCUGCUGAGGGUGAAUGGCCUCUUUGGGAACAGCAGAGGGUGCUCUCGGUUUAGUUUUUUUUUUUUUUUUUUUUUUAUCCAUUAAGAUCUAAAAGGUCUUAUUGUUUAAAGAUAUCAUGUGAUUUAAAUGUUUUUGUUUAAUGUGAUUUCUCUGAAAUCUGGUCAUGUUGAAGGGAACUGAACUAUACACUUGAAUUAAAGGAUAGAUCCACAUUUCUUUGCUUUUUAAAGUCCAUAUAAACACUGGGGACUUUUUUUUUUAAGCGUUUUCUUGCUGUAAUUGUUCCCGUUUGUCCUUGAAAAGGAAAUCGGUCGUCUCAGUGAAACAAAGUCGACUUUGUGUCCUCUUCCAGUGGAAGAGAAGGAAAAGAGAGGAUUAACAACCUAAACUUCAUACAGUUAUUAUCCAAAAGCAGUCUGGAUCGAUCUGAAUUAUGAUAAUUUCUGGAUUGUGGAACUUGUUCUGAACAAAUUAUGUUUUAUAGGCAGUUAAUAUAUAUUUCUUAUUAAAAAUGUGGUUAUGGUAAAUAAAAUUUGAAGUAAUUCUAAGGAAGGCAGCUUCAGUUUAAACUAUAGUUAGAAUAUUUUCACCUUUUUUUACUAAAGCUGUUUAUUUUCUCUUAAAAGCCAGCAGCCUCGACAUGAACUAAUUAAUGGAAUCAGAAAUAACCCUUUAAAACAAUAGCACUUCAUUAAAAAAAACACUUAAUAAAUACAAAACUACCAAUCCUAUGAAUACAGCCUUAAUUCCACAUUGUUUUCACACACUACUGUUAUCACUUUUUUUUUAAAAAGGGACCUACUUUCACUGGUUUAUUGACCCGUUGCACAGAAAUGAGCCUCAUCACUACGUGGAUUGAUUUCUUUCUACACUGUAAGUGAGGACAAGAUGUUUUUUUUUUUUAAAGGAUGUUUCCUAUAUUUUAUAUCAUUAAGAAGUGUCGAUUUUAUUUUAUUUCAAAUAAAUAGUUUUUCUUCUUUAC